GUUCAUACAAUGGAUGAUUUUGUCUUGAAUAGCGAAGUUCAGCCGAAGAAUGAGUCGAUGGACACUGCAAUCGAUGAUGGGACGUUUACUGAUAUGAACGCCGCAGCAGUCGUAGUCGUCGAAGUUAAACAAGAGCCUAUGAUCAAAGUGGAACCAGAAGAUCACGAUGAACCACUUGCGAUGCCCAUGCCACGACAGCGUUACCGUGGUUCAACAGUUGAACUCGGAGUCGAUAGAGCAAACAAUGAGUCGAAUAUCGAAGAUUGGUAUUCAACGGAAUUUAAAGCUGAAGCUGAAGCCGAUAUCAAAGUUGAACCGAAGUCAAAGGAAGGCAAACGAUCAGAUAAAAAUGACACAUCGAAAGAAAAUGGAAACUGUGAAACGGAAGGACAGUCGAAAAAAGGUGAUGCGGUGCCACGGUCAUCGAAUGGAAGUUCGAAGAAAAAGAGCAUUGAUGUGACGGGUAGAGCUAAGGCGGUAAUCAAUGCUGCGCAUAGAAAACAGUCAGCGGUAAAGAGGACCAAGAAACAGCACAAGUGCUCAACAUGUGGAUAUGUUGCAACAUUUCCAUCCUAUUUGAAGAGGCAUAUGCUCAAACACACUGGCGAGAAACCUUUUCCAUGCAACAUUUGUAACAAACAAUUCUCACAAAAACCGCACGUUCAAGCACAUUUGAAAACACACCCCGAUGAAUAUCCGUUCAGUUGUUCAAUUUGUCUCAGGGUAUUCGCAAAGAAUGACGAAAGACUGGUGCACGAGGAUGUUUGCAAUGGGCGACGCUUCGAAUGCCAUUUGUGCAAAGAGUAUUCUACUUCAUAUGAGGCUCAUUUGAAAGUGCACAUGCGUGUGCAUAUUGGCGAUCGACCAUUCCGAUGCAGCUUUUCACACACGGUGAAAUUCCAAUGCAUGGUUUGUGCCCGUUACUUCACAAAGGAAAUGGAAAAGAGUCAGCAUGAACUGAAAUGCAAAAGACGACGCUACGAAUGUUACUUGUGCAAGAGCUACUCAACGUGUCAAAAAUCACAUCUGAUGAGACACAUGCGAAUCUAUCAUACCGGUGCCAAACCAUUUCGAUGUGAAAUGUGCAACAAAUGCUUCGCACAGGAAACCGACCUUACGCGACACCAGAAGCGCAACCAUAUUUGAAUGUGUUUAAAAAAUAAAAAACAACACUUCACUCCACUCCAUUGUAACUUCACAGUCAAUCUUGUUGAAAACAAUCAGUUUCAAUCUCAAUUUGCAUACUGAUUCACUCAAUUAUGAUUGACAACCUUGAAUUUGGCUCAAUUUAAAGUAGAUUUGUUCGAAUUUAACUCUGAUUUUUCUAUAAUAACAUAGUCCAAUAUUGUUAAACUUUCAACGAUUUUUCUUUCUUUAAUGUUCAAUAAAUAAACAUUACAAAAUCUGAAAUCAA